AUGGUGCGUCAGCUGCACGACGGUAUGAUGGCGCGAGUCACGGACAACGGAGCUGUGUCAGAGGCAUUGGCAGUGACCAACGGAGUGAAGCAGGGAUGCAUGCUGGCGCCUACCCUCUUCCGUCUUCUGUUCUCUGCCAUGCUAAUGGACGCCUACCGUGAUGAACGCCCCGGGAUCCGCAUCGCCUACAGGGCGGACGGUCACCUGCUGAACCAACGGCGGAUGCACUUCCAUUCGCGCGUAUCCACAACCACCCUUCACGAACUCCUCUUCGCCGACGACUGCGCCCUGAAUACCACCUCGGAAGAGGAGAUGCAACGGAGCAUGGACCUAUUCUCCUUUAUCGUCUCCACUAUCGACAAGACGUCGGUGAGCUUUUACUCACGUUCCAAUUGCUACGGCGAAUUGAUCUUGGUGUGGACUGAGAAAAUCUAUUCGAAAUGGCACCGAAGACGAAUCUUCGACGCCAUGAUUGCCAACACGACAGGGAAAUACGCCGCAAAAAUCAACGCCACAUGUCCUGACUGA